AAUCUUCCAAUGCCUUCGCUGUCCCGACGUCGAGAAGAGUCCAGAAAAGCGCCUAUUAAGCCGCUGGAACCGGGCAUGAUGAUGAGUGACACCCAUGUCUUGGACAGAAUUAACAAAGAGAUGGAAAGUCUGACAUCAAGAAGUCGAACUGGUCACAAUAGAUCUCCAGAAGAUGCUGCAACGAGUUCAAAAAGUACACCAUCAGCGAGGAUUCCUAAGCGUGAUGCUCCCGUGGACUACGCUCAGGUUCUAUUUUCCAACGCACCUGUCAUAAAGAGAACGCCACCUACGGUGGAGAAAAAGAGAAAUCUCGUCAUAUCCAGCGGCUUGGUGACAGAUAACCCUAACCAGCUGGUUUUCUCCAAGGCUCAUUCGUCUAGAUUGGGAAUGUUUUUGGAAAAAGUCAGCGACAAACAUAGAAAGCUCAUGAGCGAACACGAUUGCGACUCUGAAGUAGCAUCACCUUUAUAUGAGGAGUCGGAUCAUAGCGGAGCUCGUUCACCUUUUGGCGUCCCGCAAUAUGCCAGACAACCAUCGCUAAAAUAUGCGCCACAAAAACGGCCGUUGCCCACAUCGAGCAUGGAUUCGUAUCUUGGAUCUCCGGUGCAGAUGACAGCAUUUCUUCGUCGGGUGCUUGUACCUCAGCGUCCGCUCACCCGCUUCUUUUGUACACCUUCAACGUCAGCUGUAGAUGAGAGGUACGAUUCCCUAUUGCGUGAAGCAUUUUCAAAUACUGAAACUUUGCCUGAACAUUGGGGUCUCCAAGCUGCAAGAGGGACGUCGUCGCAUGAUUUUAUGGUUGUUCACCCUAAGGUCCGAUGGGGUUCAUCCUCAGCUUCAAAAUUAAAAGAUCCACAGCGGCAGCUAGACGAAGCUGUCACGUUAGUGAACACAUUGCCAGGAUUCCGAGUUGUAGAGUAA